AUUUUUCCGACUAUAAUAUUCCGGCAAAUCAAAAUUUUCAAAGAGUUCUUACACAUUGCUGAAAGCGAAGCCCACCAAAAUGAUCGGAAGAAUAUCAAUCUGUCGUACACCCCUUCAUUAUUUGGGAAUGCUGCGUCCUACUUUGAGAUCCACACAGCUGUCGCCUCUGGCGGCACAACGCCUUAUGCAUGAUACUGGCGACUCGGGAGAGGAGCCAUCGGCCAAGGGCCGCACUCGCCUUCGACAGGUGAAACACAUUGAAGUGCGACGGGGCUCUGGUAAGGGAGAAAACCCGAUCAGAGAUGGUGCAACGACUAGCGGCCUGAGGACGAAGUCCGUGGGCCUUGAAAGCGAGGAAGCAAAGAAUGAACCCAUGGGUGAGGCAAAGGACGAACCCAUGAGUGAGGCAAAGGACGAAGUCUUCAAUGAAGCAAAGGAGGUUGCCUUAAUGAGCGCCUCGAAGGAUGAACCCAUGAGUGAGGCAAAGAAUGAACCCAUGAGUGAGGCAAAGAAUGAACCCAUGAGUCAAGCAAAGAAUGAACCCAUGAGUGAGGCAAAGAAUGAACCCAUGAGUGAGGCAAAGAAUGAACCCAUGAGUCAAGCAAAGAAUGAACCCAUGAGUGAGGCAAAGAAUGAACCCAUGAGUCAGGCAAAGAAUGAACCUAUGAGUGAGGCUAGGGACGAACCCAUCAGUGAGGCUAAGAACGAAGUCUUCAGCGAAGCAAAGAAGGUAGCCUUAAUGAGUGCCACGAAGGAUGAACCCAUUAGUGAGGCAAAGAAUGAACCCCUCUGUGAAGCCAAGGACGAAGCCUUCACCGGUGCCCAGCACGAACCCAUGGCUGAAGCAAAGGACUCACCCCGCAGUGAUGCCCAAGAUGAAGCCUUCACCACCGAAAUCCCCCAAGAGCGUAGACAGGAGUCUCCCUUCGAGUCCAGGCCAGAGCUACCCAUGGAGAGGCAGCCAGCCUUGCCCGCAAAGACAUCACCGGGCGAGGUGAAUCCCAAGAAUCCCUAUCACAUCGUGACAUGUGAACAGGAACAGGAUACGGAGCCAUCGAAUGCAGAAGUCCCCGAAGCUAAAGUGAAGGUAUCCGGCACGAUCAUCUUUAAGGACAGCUCGAAUUUUGAGACCAAAUCUUUGGAAAUUCUGGCAAACGUACCAACGCCUAAAGGAGAGUCGUUGAAUGUUUGGUCACAGUCUUGUGCCCCAGAGAAGGCGGAUUCCGGUGCCGCGAAGAACGUCAAUGACACGAAGGACGAGGAAGCGCAGAUUAUUUUGGAAUUUGAUGCCGAUACGUCAACUACAAAAGGAAAUAUGGAUCUUAAAGUCAAUGCCUCUAAAACCGAAGAGAUCCUCAACUCUGACACGCAGAACAAGAUCGACGAAAAGCAGGCAACGAUUGAGGAUCUAUAUCCAACGACCCCAAAAGGAUACGAGAUUGGUUGUGUGGUAGAUCUAAGCGACAUAGUCCAGAGCUCCAGAGAUGAACAGAACGUGGAAGCCAUUGUUCCUGAAACUGAAAAUCUUGAUGAUAAGAUUCAGAUAUCCUCUUCAGCAGAAACCACCAAUAGAUUACCCCGUACGAUCGCAAGGAAAACGGAUGAUUCGCCCGCAAAAGCCGUAGAAGCAGUGAACGAAGAGCAAGCCGUAGAAGCCAUUGUCCCAGAAACUGAAAAUCUUGAUAAGAUCCAGACAUCCUCUACAGCAGUGGACGAAGAACAAGCCGUGGAAAAAGUGGAAACCAUUGAAAACCCCGAAGAGAUAGCCAUCAAAUCACCCACCAAUAGAUUACCCCGUACGAUCGUACAGAAGAAGGAUGAUUCGUCAACCCAGACACCCACCAAUAGAUUACGCAUUCAAUGGGUAAAUGAGGAUGGUUCCCCCGCGAAAGUCGCAAAAGCCGUAGAAGCAGUGAAAGAAGAACAAGCCGUGGAAGCCAUUGUCCCUGAAACUGAAAAUGUAGAUGAUAAAAUACAGACAUCCUCCUCAGCAGCACCCACCAAUAGAUUGCCCCGUACGAUCGUAAAGAAAACGGAUGAUUCGCCCGCGAAAGCCGUAGAGGCAGUGAAGGACGAACUAUCCGUAAAAUCCGUUGUCCCUGAAACUGAAAAUGUAGAUGAUAAAAUCCAGAUGUCCUCUAAAGCAGUGAAAGAACAGUCCGCGGAGGCCGUGAAAAAAGUGAAAGCCAUUGUCCCUGAAAGCCCCGAAGAGAUAGUCAUCAAAUCAGCCACCAAUAGAUUACCCCAUAUGAUCGUAAGGAAAAAAGAUGAUUCGCCCACGAAAGCCGCAGAAGCCGUAAACGAAGAACAGGCCGUGGAAUCCUCAGAAGAAGUGGAAAUCGUCGCUGAAAACUCCGACGCCUUCAAAUCUCCCACUAAUACCUUACCCCUUAGGAUCGUUAGGGAUGCAAAUGAUUUUCCCGUUGAGCCAAUUUUUAAACAGUUAAUACCAUCGUCAGAGUUUAAGACGAAUAGGGAUGCACCGCCCGAAGAGUCCUACUCUUGGAAAGAUAAAUCCAAAGAAAACAUAGAGUUUAUCCAGACUAAAACAGUGUUUAAAAGCGAUAUGGAAGAGGAAUUAGUGGCACCAACAUCGAUGGACUUGAGUCCGGAGAAAGCUUUGAAGAAAGUUGAGGUGGAAACUUCGGAAGCUAAAGAAUUUAAGUCGGAGAUGAAUGAACUGCAAUCGGAGACCAAAGAACUUCAAUCGGAGAUGAAUGAACUGCAAUCGGAGACCAAAGAACUUCAAAUGGAGAUGAAUGAGCUGCAAUCGGAGACAACAGAACUUCAAUCGGAAGUGAAUGAACUGCAAUCGGAGACAAAAGAAGAGAAAUCAGAAUCUACAGAAGUCCAGAACUUUCCCAAGUCCGCUGCAGAGAUAAUAUCCAUGAUGGAACAGAAGCACAAAGACAAGAAAUCCAUGACCCUUGCCAACAGGUCCCAUGAUUACCCCUCGAAAUCCACAUCCCAAAUAGUUGCAACAUUUGGCCUGAGACCCGAACCCGGUCAAGGAUUCAGGGCCAAAGGACAGCUGAACAGAACCGAGCUGGACAGACAAGCUGAUGAAUACUUUGCGUACAUCAGUGAACCGGUGACGUCUCAACGGGCGACGAAAAUGGAACCGGAACCCUCAGAAUUGGAAAAGAAAAUGGAACCAGAAAACUCAGAACUGGCGAAAUCAAUAGAAGCAGAAACCUCCGAACUGGACAGAAAAGUAGAACAAGUGGAGACAGCAGAAGAAUCGAACAGAAAAGCCGAAGAAUACUUUGAGAAGAUCCACUAUCCGGAGACCUCAGCAUUGGAACCAGAAAUCGCUGAAUUUAUGAAGAAAAUAGAUUUGGAACAAUCACAAUUGGAGAUGAAAAUGGGACCAGAAACCUCCGAGCUGGACAGAAAAGUAGAAAAAGUGGAAACACCAGAAGAAUCGAACAGAAAAGCUGACGAAUAUUUCGCGAAGAUCCACUAUCCGGAGAGCUCAGAAUUGGAACCAGAAAUCGCCGAAUUUAUGAAGAAAAUAGAUUUGGAACAAUCACAAUUGGAGAUGAAAAUGGAACCAGAAACCUCCGAGCUGGACAGAAAAGUAGAAAAAGUGGAAACACCAGAAGAAUCGAACAGAAAAGCUGAUGAAUAUUUCGCGAAAAUCAACAAACAUACGACCCCAGAAUUGGAACCUGAAAUUUCGAAAUUCAUGGAAACCUCAAAAUUGCCGAAGAAAAUUUUACCAGAUUUCUCCAAGCUGUACAAAAAAUUUCAAAAAGUGGAGACGCCAGAAGAAUCCGAGAGAAAAGCUGAAGAAUAUUUUGCGAAGAUCAGCGCACCGGAAACCUCAGAAUUGGCAAAGAAAAUGGAACCAGAAAAAUCAGAAUUGGCAAAGAAAAUCGAACCAGAAAAAUCAGAAUUGACGAGGAAAAAGGCAGCAGAAACCUCCCAACUGGGCAGAAUAGUAGAAAAAGUGGAGACGCCAGAAGAAUCCGAAAGAAAAGCUGAAGAAUAUUUUGCGAAGAUCAGCGCACCGGAAACCUCAGAAUUGGCAAAGAAAAUGGAACCAGAAAAAUCAGAAUUGGCGAAUAAAAUGGAACCAGAAAAAUCAGAAUUGACGAGGAAAAAGGCAGCAGAAACCUCCCAACUGGGCAGAAUAGUAGAAAAAGUGGAGACACCAGAAGAGUCCAACAGAAAAGCCGAGGAAUACUUUGCGAAGAUCAACGAUCAGGAGACCUCGCUGGACAGACAAGUGGAGGAACCAAGGCGCACCACGUUUGAAGAAAUGUUCGUCAACUCAAAGUCGAGUCAAUACUUUAACGAAAUGAAGCCCAAACAGGAAACUUCUCGGCUAAAGAGAAACGAAACCUCAAAAAAGGUCGAAAAAAGCUCACAUUUGGAUAAAAAACUAGAUCAAGCGAUUAAGGACAUGGCAUUAAACCAAAAAGCUGAGGAAUACUUUGACAUAAUAAAUGAAGCAGAACUCUCGCAACUGGAAGGCAAAAUGGAACCCGAAAGCUCACAAUUGGACAAAAAAAUGAAGCCCGAAACCCCCCAAGAAGAAGAAUCGAGGUCUUUCGAGGAACUGACCACCAAAUUUGUAGUGACACAUGGGGGGGAAAAAGAGAAAGCCGAUGAGAAAUCAAUGAAAAGGAAUCGAGACGAUGCCAUAGCCGAAAAGCAAGGGGAUGACACCAAUGAAGAGCCGCCAUCCGAUAGACCUCUCUUUGUGCCCCCUGACGACAAGGACAGGCUAAAGGAGAAAAGUGAACUGUCAGAAGGAGAUCUGUAUAAAAAACAAUCAGAGGAUCCUGUGUCUGACGAUGCGGCAGAAUUUAAUUCAAACUCCGAGCCCGAAAAGAGGCCAGCUCCAGAGAAGAAACGGAAACGCAAGCUGGCGGAUGGAGAACUAGACGUUAAGCUGCUCGUUCCGGAUGAAGCCAAAGAGACUGCCAGUGGGACUUCCCCGGGAAUAGAUGCAUCACCAAAACAGAACUUUGUUCAAUACAUCGUUGAGAAGAUCUUUCGCAAAAAGAAGCCCCCGCCAAAAGGCAGAACAAUGUCCACCUGCAGCCAGAGCCGUGACGUCAGCACAAGCUGUGCUUUGCUUUGCCCUGACAACAAUGACAUAUUCGAUGAUCCGUUCAGUCCAGAAGAGGGCAAGACAAUCAAUCCCAACGAUAAGGACUUCAUUUCGCCCGAUCUGGAGAGGCAGGGUCUGGGCGCCAGAGCCAUACGCACGGACCGUGAAGAGAAUCGGAAACAUGGUCAACCCCAAGCCAUGAAGAUCGAUAAUCCGGUGGGUGUUUGGUCUACAAAGAAAACAAAGACUCCUUUGAAUCAUCAGCCCGGGAUGAACAUGAGCACGAUGUUCUUUUCCAGCGAUUCAGAUUCCACCAAGAUCCGUGGCGGUUCCAAGCAGUGCAAAAACCGCGAGAAGACAAUGCGCGAAAAGCUAAUGGAAAAGAAAGAGAGCAAAGACAAUAAAAUCGAGAUCAUGGGCGGCUCCGAGCAGUGUGCCGAAAAGUUGGAGAAACUCAAAGACGGCUCUAAAGAUGAUGACUGCAAAAGCAGUUUCAGCAGCUUCUUUCAAUUCACAAAAAUGUUCUGGUCUCCUACUCUUUCAGGCUCAGAACCAACCAAAAAGGACAAAUAGAAGAGGCUGCCCUGCCAAUUGAAGCUGUGCUGAUGGAGAGAACUCACAAUCAAAUUACAUAAACUAUAUCCGAUUUAUCUAAAUUAAAUUAUUUUAAUAUACUUGAAAGUAACAAAGAAACCAAAGAAAACA